AUGUCGGACUGUGCGCUGCUUCUGGAGGCCGCAAACUUUGCUGCAGAGAAACACCGAAAACAAAGACGUAAAGACACAGAGCAAACUCCUUACAUCAACCACCCCAUAGGUGUCGCUCGGAUCCUGAGUCAUGAGGCCGGAGUCACUGAUGUCUGCGUUUUACAGGCUGCACUGCUCCAUGACACUGUGGAGGACACAGACACCUCCCUCUCUGAGCUGGAGUCCUGUUUUGGUCCAGUCGUUUCCAGAAUCGUGGCUGAAGUCACUGAUGAUAAAACUCUGCCCAAACACGAGAGGAAGCGCCUUCAGGUGGAGCAUGCGCGCCACUGCAGCCACCAGGCCAAACUGGUCAAACUGGCAGACAAGCUGUACAACCUGCGGGACCUGGACAGAAGUACGCCUGUGGGCUGGACGGAGCAGCGUGUUCAUGAAUACUUUGUUUGGGCGAAUGAAGUAGUGACCGAGCUCCGAGGGACGAGCCCAGAGCUGGAAACACAACUGCAGCUGAUGUUCUCCAGAAGAAACGUGUGA